AUGUCGUCUCGGUUGCGUGGAUCAUCGUCGAUCAAAGACGGUUCCAAAGUAACCUCGUACUCCAAGGAACAUCUUCACGACGAUCGAGAGGAUCUGUCCAUGAAAUCGUACAAGAACGGGACGAAUCGUUAUCACUUCGGUAUGGUGAGGCAGCAACAGAACGACGAGGUGAGGAGAAAUGGUCGCGACAAUAGGGAGCAUUUUGACGACGACGCAGACGUGUUGUACAAAAAGAGCAGGGAUCACUUUGGCGCUUGGGACAUGAAGGACAUCGUUCAGGACGAGAGACUCGGCUCGAGAAAGCAGCCCGACCGAUUCGAGGACUCCCGGUUAACGAAUGGACGAUCGAAGAAUGACGCUGGGAGGCAAGAUCGUUACGACGAUCAUGGGACAGCGUUGUUGUCGCGCGACGAUCGGGGGAAGACGGGCUACAUCGAUCAGGAACAAUCGCAAAAAUCGAAAAAGAAGGACAGCUGGGACGGGUCCGAUACGAAAGUCUCGUCGAAGUUGCAUCGAUCGCGAAACAACCAGGGUAAAGACGAUCCUCCGAAGAUCGACGAGAGGGAUCUUCUUUUAAGAGAGAUCGAAAACCUGGCCGUCGAUGGACGAUCGCCCGAUCGUAGAAUCAGAGCGAUGAUCGAACGGUUCAAGUCGCGGGAGGAGGAAAAAUUGAAGUCGAGAAAAGAUCGGGAAUCUCUCAGUCCGGAGAAAGAAGAGUAUAGGUCGAAGAGCGCGAACCGAGGCGAUACUCGAAUAGAUCACGAGAAUUCUGUCAACGACAGAGGAUCCAGGAUUCAAAAGGACGACAGAGAAGACGAGCGGAGGACAGAGAAAUCCAAGAUUCGAGAUCUCGACAGAAACGAACACGAAGAGAACGGCCGGAAUCGGUCUGUCGAUCGUAGGGACGAAAAAUUCAACGACUCGAUCUUGGAUAAGAACGAGGAUUCGAGGCGAAACGACAGUUUCCGACCGAAGAACGACACGUACGGCUCGGAUAAAAGUCACAGGCGAUCCAGGGAAGUGGAGGAUGAUCCUCCUCGCAGGAAGGACAGCCCGAAAAGGAAGAGUUACGCUUACGAGGGAAACCCCGAGAAUUUCGACGUGCGAAUACAGAGGUACGAAAGAACGCUUCUCGAGCCCAGAAGAGAUCUGGACUCACCGAAGCGGGUUCCGUUGAAGGACGCGGACGCGGAUCUAGGGAGGAAGGAAUCCUUUAAAGAUCACGAUCGUCGGGUGACCAGGAAAAGUUCCUUCAAGUCCGACGACGCGAAGAAGAGCAGGGAAUCCAGCCUAAACAGGAAGACGUCUUUCAAGAAUCAGGAAAAUGAUCUCUACAGAAAUAAUUCGUUCAAGAGUCCAGACACCGAGAAGAAGUACUUCGGAAAGGACACGGAACACGUAUCUAGGAAAAGUUCCUUCAAAGAACCAGGAUACGAAGCGGGGAAAAAGAACUCCUUCAAAGAGCAGAACUCGGAUUACGGGAGAAUCUCGUCGAAGAAUCGCGACGACGACGAGGAAAGAAAGAAUUCGUUUAAAGGACAUACCGCCGGGGUCAGUAGAAUCACGUUCAAGAAACCGGACGGCGAAUCGACCAGGAUUCAUUCGUACAAGGACCAGGAUCCCGAGGUGGGCAGAGUUAAUUUCAGGCAUCAUUCCAACGAUGUCGGUCGAAAGAACUCCUUCAAGGAGAAAACCGUCGAGUUCGGUGGAAUUUCUUACAAGAAUCACGACGACGAUGGCGACACGGAUCGUAGAACCACUUACAAAAAUCAAGACAACGAACCGAGCAAAGGAUCCUACCGAAGCCUCGACGACUCAAGGAGAAAACCCUCUCCAAAUGGACGAUACGUCGAGUUCGGGACAGUCUCCUAUCACACUCACGAGGACGAGACUCCAGCAAGUCCCCCGAACGAUCACGAUCUAGAGAGGAAAAGUUCCUUCAAGGAAACCGAUUCAUCCGCGAAAAGGCGAGUGUCCCCGAGGAGCAAGAGCCACGAUUCCUUCGACAGACGGUCCGACAGACACUCCAGACCGUUGACACCGCCGAAACGUAACGAAUCCGAAUUGUACAGGGAGGAUUCGAAGGACCGCGAGGACUUCGAUGCGAAGUGUUGGCACGAGAGCAACCGAGUCUUCGCCGUCAAAUACCUCCGUGAAAAUAGUAAACACCGUUCGAAUCCCGAGGGCCAUUCCGAGAUCGAGAGAGAUCCGUCCCCGGAGACGAUGGGACUCGAGUACCGAGAGAAGAAUCACUCGAGCGAAGGAUUCGGCGAGGAGAUUGAGUCCGCGAAGCAACGCAACGAGUACUCGAGCAACGCGAACUCGUACAGCCUUGGGGACACGGAGCAAUCUCAGGAUCCAGUGGACAGCAGAUACUCGUCGACUCGGGAAAGAAACGGCGCAACGAUCAUCAGGAUUCGUACGAACCCAGAAACGCCGAUCGAGAGAAGACGUCGACGUCGUCCUGUCCAGGAGCUGCAAGUCGGUAGACGAAGGCGUUACGACGCGGGUGACGAAGAGGACACCGAGGACGAGGACGAGGACGAGGACGAGGACGGUCAUCAUCAUCAUCGGCAGAGAUCGUCGCGAGCUGACGGCUGUUUCACGUCGCCAAGAGGCGGCGUUCACCCCACACCGUCGAGAAGAGUCUGGAAUUAUCGCGAAGGGGGUGUCCUGAUCACGGACGUCGAGGAGGGCCAACCGUGUUUGCAGUGCGGGGAAACGUGUACAGGAUUCUCGCCGCAUACGUGGAGAAAGAACUGCACGAGCUGCAAGUGUCCGCGGGAAGCCCACGAUGUUUGCCACGUGGAGUGGGCAUCGGUCAGGUCUCGUUUGGGCCUCAAAGGCGAGGAAUCCUCGUCACCGGUCGGCUUCGAUCCACGAGCGAAGGGCCUCGCAUGGGCUCCUCCCGGCCUACCAGCACACAAGGUGGAAGAGUACUUCUCCAUGCUGCCGGAGAUCUCAGUUCCCAGGUUGGGCACGCCCGGCGAACGUUACAGGGACCGACAAUUGGCGAUCCAGCUGCCUAAGCAGGACUUAGCCAGAGCCUAUUGCCGACACCUGAACCCGAAACACGCCAGCAGUGCUGACGACUUCAUGGCGGCGAGGAACGAGAUCGCGUUAGACAUUGGAAACGUACAGGAAGUGCUCGAAAGGGAUCUCGAUUGCGGCGAGUGCCACGCGCCCCUUAAAUACGGCAGUCUUGCCGUGUCCGCGAGUAAAAUCGGCGUUCUUUAUCACCCAUCCUGCUUCCGGUGCACGGAGUGCAAGGAACUUCUGGUCGAUCUUGCGUACUGUGUUCACGACGAUACCCUGUUCUGCGAGAGGCAUUACGCUGAACAACUGAAGGCCAGGUGCGCGGCUUGCGACGAGUUGAUUUUCAGUGGCGAGUACACGAAGGCGAUGAACAAGGACUGGCACAGCGGCCAUUUCUGUUGCUGGCAGUGCGACGAGUCUCUGACCGGGCAGCGUUACGUGCUCAGGGACGAACAUCCGUACUGCAUCACGUGCUACGAGAGCGUUUUCGCGAAUGGCUGCGAGGAGUGCAACAAAAUCAUCGGUAUCGACUCGAAGGAUCUGUCGUACAAGGACAAGCAUUGGCACGAGGCCUGCUUCCUCUGCAACAGGUGCAGAGUGUCCUUGGUGGACAAACAGUUCGGUAGCAAGGUAGACAAGAUCUACUGCGGCAACUGUUACGACGCCCAGUUCGCCAGCCGUUGCGAUGGAUGCGGCGAGAUCUUCCGUGCUGGUACGAAGAAGAUGGAGUACAAGACCAGACAGUGGCACGAGAAGUGCUUCUGCUGCGUGGUCUGCAAGAAUCCGAUCGGUACGAAGAGCUUCAUCCCGCGCGAACAGGAGAUCUACUGCGCCGGUUGCUACGAGGACAAGUUCGCUACCCGAUGCGUCAAGUGUAACAAGAUCAUCACUAGCGGUGGCGUGACGUAUAAGAACGAGCCGUGGCACAGGGACUGCUUCACCUGCAGCAACUGCAACAAUUCACUGGCUGGCCAGCGAUUCACCUCCCGCGACGACAAACCGUACUGCGCCGACUGCUUCGGCGAGCUGUUCGCAAAGCGAUGCACCGCGUGCUCCAAACCGAUCACUGGCAUUGGCGGCACUCGCUUCAUCUCUUUCGAGGACAGGCAUUGGCAUAACGACUGCUUCAUCUGCGCUGGCUGUAAAACCUCGCUGGUCGGCCGUGGUUUCAUCACCGACAACGAGGACAUCAUCUGCCCAGAAUGCGCCAAGAUGAAGCUGAUGUAAAGGGGGGGGAUCUUUAGGGCGCGUACCGGUCGAUCGAAACAAAAAAUCCAGCUAGAAGACGGGGAGAAUAACGGACCGAGAUCGGGAUCAUCGGGUCCAGCGUAUACAACAGUCAACCACCCUCGCCACACACGAUCAUCCCCGCCCAUCACCCCCGGAACGAGAACACAUACCGUUCCUGUAACGAACAAAAAAAUAUAUAUCAACCCCACCCCCACCCCCUACGAUCGAAUUUAACCGCGAACAAAAGAAAAUUUUCAUAGGAACCGUCGACCGUUUUGGAAUCCAGGGAUAAACGACGAUAAAAACUGCCGUGUUUCUCCUUUCCCCGCCCGCUCUCGAUUAUAUUUUCAGGAAAUAUAUAUAUAUGUACAUCCCCGUAAUUGGGAAACGCGGUACUUUUUAUUGAAACCGAAGCCCCACUGGGACGAGAUCUCCUCGUGUCCGAUUGUCUCGCGACGAGCCUUCGACAUCGGUUCACGCGCGCGCAAGUUCACUACGAAGCCGGAACACUGCAACCAGACACGGGAGCGAUCUCCUAGCUUCUUCGUAGUUGUAGAAACCGUAGUCGUUCAUGAUUUCGAUUACUCCGUUGCCACGACCAGCCAUCAUCGGAGAUUGAUAGUAGAAAUUGUUGGAGAAGCACGAAAUGAAUGAAGACAAGGGGACGCGAGCGUUCAAUGGGACAAAAUGUCAGGGCAUCGGAGUAUCGAUCAUGCCUUGAGAAGUCCGAGAAAUCAAAUCGCCUUAACGUAAUUACCGUCGUCGAAUUGUUACGCUGUGUUGAGUUAGGAAGAACCAAGCUACGUGUACCGUCGUGAUUGUUAUCUUAACGUUAUUUGUUUUUUUUUUUCGCUUUGUACAAUGGUAGAGAUAUAACGAGCGGCGAGGAACGAUCGCGACUAACGCGAGGAAAACGAA